UGUGGGGCGGCAAGAUGGCGGCGGGCGCAGCGGGGCGAGCGGCGGCCGCGGGUCUCCUGCGUGCCCAGAGCCUGGGGCCAUGGCGGGGGCUGUGGGGCUCUGCUGCCCUCCGGCAGAUCCCGCGGGCCAAGGUGGAGAACAACCGCCCUGAGGGCACCUUCCAGGUGACCAUGCUGCCUGGGGAUGGGGUGGGCCCCGAGCUGAUGCAGGCUGUGAAGGAGGUCUUCAAGGCUGCCAGCGUGCCCGUGGUGUUUGAUGAGCAUCACCUCAGCGAGGUGCAGAACAUGGCAUCCGAGGAGAAGCUGGACCAGGUGGUUGACUCCAUGAAGGAGAGCAAGGUGGCCCUGAUCGGCAAGAUCCACACCCCCAUGGAGUACAAGGGAGAGCUGGCGUCCUAUGACAUGAGGCUCAGGCGCAAGCUGGACCUGUUUGCCAACGUGGUGCACGUGAAGAGCCUGCCAGGCUACAAGACCAGGCACAACAACCUGGACCUGGUGAUCAUCCGGGAGCAGACAGAGGGGGAGUACAGCUCCCUGGAGCACGAGAGUGCCAAGGGGGUGAUCGAGUGCCUGAAGAUCAUCACCCGCGCCAAGUCCCAGCGCAUCGCCAAGUUCGCCUUCGACUUCGCCACCAAGAAGGGGCGCUCCAAGGUGACAGCUGUGCACAAGGCCAACAUCAUGAAGCUGGGCGACGGGCUGUUCCUGCAGUGCUGUGAGGAGGUGGCAGAGCUGUACCCCAAGAUCAAGUUUGACACCAUGAUCAUUGACAACUGCUGCAUGCAGCUGGUGCAGAACCCCUACCAGUUUGAUGUCCUGGUGAUGCCCAACCUGUACGGGAACAUCAUUGACAACCUGGCUGCCGGGCUGGUGGGCGGCGCCGGCGUCGUGCCGGGCGAGAGCUACAGCGCCGAGUACGCCGUCUUCGAGAUGGGCGCCCGGCACCCCUUUGCCCAGGCGGUGGGCAGGAACAUCGCCAACCCCACGGCCAUGCUGCUGUCGGCGGCCAACAUGCUGCGGCACCUCAACCUGGAAUUCCACUCCAACCUGAUUGCGGACGCGGUGAAGAAGGUGAUCAAGGUCGGCAAAGUUCGGACACGGGACUUGGGCGGUUACUCCACCACUUCCGACUUCGUCAAGUCUGUGAUUGACAACCUGCACCCCCACUAUGGGGCCUAGGACCCCACCCCCCAGCUCGGGGGGCUUCACCCUGCAGCACCACCCGUAGCUUUACAGCCCCCCCUGGCGCAGCUCGCCCCGGGGCAGCAGGAGGAGGAGGAGGAGCCUUCCUCCAGCCCAGCCCCAAACCCAGGGACCACCCCAGGGGUUGGUGGUGGGACCAGGGCAAGCUGUGCAGAGCAAGGAUCAGGAUCCUGGGAAUUGGGAGGAGGGGGUCUCCUCGGGGUCUGCUGUGAGGAGGGGGCAGCCCUGGGGCACCCAUGGAGCCUCCUCCUGCCCACAGAGCCUUGAGCAAUAAGCAGGACCACAGGGCUGAGACAGCUGGGGUGAGGGUCCCUGUUGUCCCACCCCUAGGGAGGGGUUGGGUCACCUCCUGCUUCUUGGGGACCAGCACAAGAUGGGGGGGUAGGGUUUGGGUGCUGCUCUUUUUUGUACCGCCCCCCCCCCCCCCAUGAGUUUGUGGCAGGGUUCUGGGCUCCAAGCUGAGCCCCCCCCAGCCCCAGCAGGGCAGUGCCAUGGUGGGCAGCAAACAUCUGCCCCACAGCUGGCAGGGCCCAGGCCUGCCCCGACCCCUGCACAACUUCAUCCCAGCCCUGGAAGCCCCCCCUAGAGCUUGAGGGGGGGGGAGGGCUGGGGAACAGCAGCAGCCUGGGCUGGGUUGUCCAGGAGCUUGGUGGGUGGGCACAGGGAGCUCUGCGUGGGCCC